CUCGGGCGGCCCGCACCGGCGGUGGGUCGCGCGCGUGCGAGCCGCGGAACUCCGCUCCGCAGUGGGCCGAGCGGCUGGCUGCGGCUUUCCGUGGGGCUCCCAAAGGCCGCUGGAGUACAGGCCGACCAUCAGCGCUUCCUCGCUGCUGGUUGCUGUUCGUUUUCGUUUAGUGGGGGCUGAGUCGCUCUUCAUACACGCCUCCGAAAUAGAAAUGCCACUGGAGACUUUCUGUAAAGCUGGUAAAAUGAACUGUUACAGAUGUUUCUGCUGUGACUGCGAGCUGCACUUACUGAGUAGCUCAUGGGCCCUGACUGGAGACAUGAGACAACACGGAGAAAAGAGCUGUAGGCAGAGACUUUGUAGUCAAGAGGUAUGUGGUCAUGGGCCUUUCUUUCCUUUAGGGCUUUCAGUCGUACAUGUCCAGACUUUGUGCAUCUGAGCAAGACCUCAGGUAGCCCCAAGAAAAAUAACUUCGUAGACUCUAAACUGAUAGCUGGCAGACUGAAGGUGAUCUGAGCUGUGGCAGAUGCCCUUAGAAGGGUUGUACCCUAAGUAGGUGCUCACCACUGUCGGGUUGGACUAAAGCUGAGUGUAGCGGCUGAAGGCUGGCUCAUGAAGAGUGUCUUUGGCCCGUUCUGAACCAAACUAGUAACUAGGAUUGUCCCCUUCUAAAGCAAAUUGCACUGUUAACUAGGGCUAGCAUAUUUAGUGACUUUUUGGUAUAAGUGACUGUAUAUUUCAAAUGUUUUCUGUUUGUGGCCCACUAGACUUUAGAAUCCUGAAGAGUUUUGAGUGUAGAUAAUAAAUUUAUGAAGAGGGCUUGGUGAUGUGAUUGUUGAGCUAAACAUCCCAUGGUUUUACCUGUGUGCAUUAUAGUAAUUUAGCCCUAAUAAGUACUAGUUAAACCUAGAAAAGAGAUUGCGUGUUUUAAAGUGCACAAAGACUUUUGGAUGAAAUGUGUGAUGUAGCUAAAGACCAAGAACUUUAGAAAUAGUUAAGCUUCUCUGCUAUAAUCAAAGAUCAGCCUUGACUGAUAGCCUAAUGAUUUUAUGGUCUUGAAUGAAACUCUUCUAAAUAGCUGAGGCUGUUGCUUAUACAUAAUCUCUAGCACUUUCCAGGCUUCAGUUUGUGAUAAUUUUUUGUCACUGUCAUAACAAAAACAGUGGGUAUACAGAAGUAUUUUCAAUGUGUAUAUUUCACUUCCAUAAAUACAAAAAGCAUUAUCAAAGUAUGCUUUCUGAUCUUUUUUUUUCUUUUUUUUUUUAACAAGCAUAAAGGCUUAUUCUUUUCUUUUGUGGGCUUUUCAUGCCCCAUUUUUAUAUCUCCAAACACAAAUGAUGUUAGACAAUAAUGCUACUGGUAAAUGUUGAUAGUCGAAAGUUCUGCUAUUCGUGUCCUCUGUUAGGUUGACCUGGGUAAUGUGAUGUGACUUCUCUUAUGCCAGCUACUGUGAUAGUGAGCUUCUCCUGUAGCAGUACAACUGUUGAUCAGUAAGAGAUCUGCGAAUGUCAGAGUUGGAGAGAUGGGGAGAAUGAGUUUCAAUUUGGUCGUUAAAAGGCACAGAAUACUUUCAUCCUUUUGGUAAGAUGCAGUUAAAACUUUAAAACAGACUGAGCGUUGCUUUUUUUGUCUGUGGCUGUUUUUCAAUCUGACCAGGGUAGUUUGGGAUGGCUUUAGAAGCUCAUGAAAACAUGUUUUAUAAGAAUAUCUAAAAUCUGUUUAUCCUAAUUACUGCACUUGUUUGACUGCACCAGUGUGUGUAGCUCUCAGGUUAUCUAUCAGAAUGUGGUAAGUGGGCAAGGUGAUCAGUGACCAGUGGAUGGAAGCAGUUGGUAUUGCUCAGCUCUCGAUUUCUGGUGCGACUCUUAGCCUCCAUUCUCGUUUGUGUGCUUUAGGCGGUCCACUGGUAUUACGCUGAGACCCCCUCAGCAACUGGCCAACAGACCCAGUUCAUCGCUCCCGUGAGAAUUGUUAUUGAGGAGUAAAUUUGUGUUUGAGUGAUUAUGUAUUUUUUUUAAUGUGUUAUUAUGUUGAGUCUUAGUCGUGUUAAUUGUUUUAAAUGAUAAUUUUGAUACUUUGAGCUAAGUUUUUUGUGUUUUUUGUUUGAGUUUUUUGGUAACUAAAUAUUAUACAAGUAUUUUUUGGUGAUGAUUUUAGUAAUUUUAAUUUUUGUGGUUUAACUGUAAUUUGGGUAAGAGUGUAUAAAUUGUUUUUUAAGUUUUUGUUAUGUAUUGGAUUAUUUGAUUUACAAUUUAAAUUUUGUGAAGGGUAGGGUUAGUUGUUAAGAGGUAUACUAACAAGGUAUGUAGAAAAUGGAUUUUUAGGAUUAGUGAGUGAUAAACACUGUAUUUGGAUGUGUGGUUUUAGUUAGUGUUGCUUAUUAGUUUCGUUUUGGUUGUAGAACUAUUUAUGUUGGGGUUUUUUGUGUGUUUUAAAUAAGGUUUGACACAGUGAGUAGGAAUCUCAUGUGAUUUUUUUUUUUUUUGUGGAAACAGAAGUAUAACUUUUUCUCUAGGUUAUGAAAUUUACAGGACUGCUUUAUUGACUAUUUACUAAGUCUUGUACUUGAGUAGGUUUUUGAAACUCUGAUUUUGACAUCAAAGAAGAAAAAUGAGAAAACUAAGGAGGUAGAGAAGUUUUCUCCUUAUAGGAUAAAAAGGGUUUAACAUAGAAACUGCUUUGUCUAAUCUUCCGUGGGGGGUGUCCGUGGGACGGCCGGGCCGCGCGCGCGACUCGGCAGCAGGAGCGCAGCGAGCUGUGCGCGAGCCGAGCUGAGCCGAACGGAGCGAGCGGCUCCGAGUUCGGCCUAACCGAGCCGAGCUGAGCCGAAGAGGCGAAUGCAGCCGAUAAUAGCCGAGCUGAGCCGAGCGCAGCAUCACGGGCAGGGCGGGUUCGGGGUGGAGCCGGGGCUCUGUGAGGCUUUCCCGCCUGUCCCUCUCUCUACCUCUCUUUUCUCCUCCCCGUAUUCCCCUUCUUUGUCCCCGAGACCCUGCUCUCGUCUCCCUCCCAAUCUCGACUCCCUGUCCCCGCCACUUCUUCUUGUCCUGUCCGUACCCCGCUGCUCCCUUCUGUUCCCUCUCUCCCCCUCUCUGCCGUCCCUCUUUCCCCCGCCACUGGCAUUCCCUUCCCCUCCCGCAUUCCUCCGCAGCCCGAGCUCCCUGCCUGCCCUUUCUCAUGCCCUGCUCUCGCUGCUCUCUUCGCGUGCCCCCUUUCCUUCUUUGCCCCGCAGCCGCGGGGCUCGGGGUGCCGGAGAAUAAAGCCCCGAGCGAGGCCCGGAGCCCGGCGCCGCUCGGCCCUGGCAGGAGUCCCCGCACGGGGCCGGAGGCUCUCGGCGGAUCGCCCCGUGCCGGUCAAACAGCCCGCCCGACACGGCCGGAGCUGCGGCUUUCCCGGCACGGCGCUGAGAGCGGCCCCCGCUCUGUGCCGUGCCGGCCCCGCCGUCUCUGCCGCUGCCUCUCGCUGCCCCCGGCCCGGGACAGCGAGGCUGGGGAGGAACCUCAACCCUUCUGGGGGCUGCCCCACCUUUCUUGUGGCAGCAGAAUCCCUUUCUAGGGGGAUGUGCAUGUGGAAAGGGCUUGAAGGAAGCGCUGCGCUGCUGUCCAGGGCAGUGGGACUCGUUCUGUGCCUUCUUUGGGGGUCAGGAAAAGGGGGUGAAGACUUGGGGCAUUGAUGUAAUUUCGGGCACUCCAAUGUCGCCAGGAAAGGGAGCCCCACUGCGGUGGAGGAGCAGGUGGGUGGCGAAUGAGGGGGGUCAUGCUGGGUGCCUCAGCUUCCUUUUGCAUGGAGCUGCCGGGUAGAGGGGUUUAUGGGGGGCUCCCGAGGCUCUCUCAUGGAAGGUCUGCGAGAGCUUCUCCCAGCGUCUGGGGCAACACCUGGAUACGCGCUUGGAUACGCGGAGCAUCGCUUAAAGGAGGUGCCGAGGGACGAAUCUCUGCGCCGGGAAGCAGCAGCCGAACAGCCCCGAGGCGCGCGGCACCCCCGGCUGGGGUGGGCGGCAGUGCUGCCGCCUUGUGGGCAGAGCGCAGUACUGCAGCCCUGCACCGACAGGCAGCCGAGAGGCCGCCAUCUUGGGAGUGGCGUGUCGCGGAUGUCGCGGACUUGCUUGACCUUCUCAAGGUGGCGGCAAAAAAUCGCGGACCCCGGUAAGUCUGCUGCCCUGUGGACAGAGAGCAGUCCUGCAGCCCCCCCGAGCCAGCGCCCUGCCCCUCGCCGCCGGGGGCCGGGGAAGGACGCGGCUGCCGAGCGAGGGAAGGGCGAGGGGGCGGGAGCGAGCAGCGGGUGGGGCGGGGUCUGUAAAUGGCGGGGAGGGGUGAAGGACGUUCAGGGCUGCAAAGGGGCACGAGAUGGCCGAGAAGAAUGGCCGGGGCAGGGGCGGCCCGGCGGGGCCGGUUUCGGCGGGCGGCGGAGGCGCGGUCGCAGCGCUCCGCGGGCCGGGGGCAGCGGGCGGGGCCGGCCGAGCGGCGUCGGAACAGGGCUGCACCCCCGAGUCCGCGCAGGCCCCUCUCCAGGCGCUGGAAGCGAUGGCGAGCCGGAAAAUCCCGGCGGGGCGGCGGCGGGCAGGCGGCGCAGCAGGGCCGUGGCGCUCCCCGCCUUUUCUGCCGCCAUGUUUGGAAGGUCAGGCCUGGCGCCCGUCCCGUCCCGCCGCCUCCCGGUCUGUGUAAACUUCUCUCUGGCUUCACAGGUCCGUGCUGGAGAGUGGGAGAAAGGUCCCCGCUGGUUGCCGUGUCCUCGGUGGGCAGAGAGCUCUGACCUUGGCCGGAUGGGCUG